AUGAAGAAAAAAAGUUUAAAGACAGUAUCAUCAUCAUCAUCAAAAAGUGAGGAAGAAAUAAAGAAUAAACUUUUGGCAAAUGAUUCAUCAUUAAUAAAUAAAAAAAUAUCAUUUUCUCAACAAUCUACGUUACAAAAUACUUUAUCAUCUAGUAAAAAUCUAGAGAAACGUGUGAUAUUCAAAGAUCCUAAUGAAUUAUCUGUAGAAUCAAUUAACAGUGAAUCUAAUCAAAUACAGGACACCAAAUUUAACAAUUCAUUAUUUUCUUUUAAUUUUAAUUCUCCAAUUUCUGGUGAUAAUUUAGAAGUUAGAAAAAUGUCUUUAGUUGGUAAACCAUUGGUUUAUAAAAACUAUAGAACUGAUCAGAGGUUUCGGCGUAUCCAAAACAAAAUGCAAAAUUUUUUAGAAAGACCACGGGGAUGGAAAGCUGCUACUUAUCAUCUUUCUGUUCUUGUCAUGGUAUUAUUAUGCCUUGCUUUAAGCGUCUUUUCUACAAUGCCAGAUUUUGAAGAGGGAGCUACUAUGAUAUUGUAUUAUAUAGAAAUUAUAUUUGUAAUUUGGUUAGCAAUUGAAUAUUUAUGCCGUGUAUGGUCGGCAGGAUGCCGAAGUAGAUACAGAGGUAUUGGUGGUAGAAUACGUUUCGCAACCUCUGCUUAUUGUGUAAUUGAUAUUAUUGUAAUAUUAGCAUCAAUUGUUGUUUUAUGUAUGGGAGCAACUGGUCAAGUAUUCGCAGCAAGUGCGAUUAGAGGAUUACGGUUUUUUCAAAUAUUAAGAAUGUUAAGAAUUGAUAGACGUGCUGGAUCAUGGCGUCUAUUAAGUUCUGUCAUCUGGGCACAUAGACAGGAAUUGUUAACAACUGUAUAUAUUGGCUUCCUUGGAUUAAUAUUUUCGUCUUUCCUAGUUUAUUUAUGUGAAAAAAAUACAAAUGAAAAAUAUUCAACAUUUGCUGAUGCUUUAUGGUGGGGUGUGAUAACAUUAUCAACUGUAGGAUAUGGAGAUCUUACACCAAUAACAUGGCCUGGAAAAAUGAUUGCAGCAUUUUGUGCACUUUUAGGUAUAUCAUUUUUUGCACUUCCAGCCGGAAUUUUAGGAUCUGGAUUUGCAUUAAAAGUUCAACAACACCAACGUCAAAAGCAUUUAAUACGUAGGAGAGUUCCAGCAGCAAGAUUAAUUCAAUGCCUAUGGCGACAUUAUGCUGCGGCUCCACAAAGUCGUAGUCUAGCAACAUGGAAAGUUUAUUUACAAACAGUGCAAAUUCCACAAAUAAUAAAACCAACCUCUUCAGUUGGUGGAAAUACGGGACAGACAUCUUUAAUUAAUAGGAUAAGGCAAUCAACCAAAAAAAAAGUACCAUUAAAUACGGAGGCUCCUGAUUAUUCAUCAAAUUACCUAUCAACAGAAAAUACAUAUGUUUCAGGAAAUUAUCAAAAUACAACAAUAAAAUCACUUUUAUUACCAAAAGCAUCAGAUAGUGUUUCUUUAAUGUCUGCAUCAGAUGUCUCAGAAAUUGAAUCACUAGGUACACUAGGUUUUUCAUUAGGAUCAUGGAAAUCAAAAAGUAAAACUAGUCAAUCAUUAAGAAAACAGGCAGAAGAUAUUGUUUUACAUCAUCGAUUAAUAGCCAAUCAAAGUAGUUUGGCAGGUACUGAUGAUACUUACAAACACCAUCGUUCUUUUAUUUCCAAAUCCUUAACCACUGAUGAUAAGGGCACUCAUACAGAUAACAUUCAACGUCGAUCAUAUUCAUGUGAAGAAACUGAUAAUAAUAAUAUUGUUAGUUCCUCAGGUUUAACUAAUGUUUUCAAUGACUAUAAUUUUAUAAUUGCUCCUAUAUAUAAUUGGGCUGAAUCAUUAAAAGAGAAACAAAAAGCUGCUGAGAGUCGUGAUCAAAAUGACGUUGAAAAUAAUUUUUUUGGUCAGUUGAGUGCCUGUGCAUCACAACAACGGCAAUCAGUUGAAUAUAUAAUCGAUGAUGAAAUACCAAACUUAAAGCCAAAGACAUUGGAUGAAUUUACACCACCAUUAAAAAAUGCAAUACGUGCAAUAAGAAGAAUUCAACUUUUGGUUGCUAGGAGGAAAUUUAAAGAGGCUUUGAAACCAUAUGAUGUUAAGGAUGUUAUUGAACAAUAUUCAGCUGGGCAUGUUGAAUUACAGGCAAGAGUUAAAACUGUCCAACAAAGACUUGAUUAUAUUGUUGGAAAACAAAUAAAUAAGGAAGAAUUUAAAGUAUCAAUGGCAUCAAGGAUAUGUAAAGUGGAAAGAUCAGUAGAAAAGAUUGACAAAAAACUUGACUUAUUAGUUGAAAUGUUUUUGGAUGAUCGAAGAACAGGUGUAUCUGGAAGUUUAUUCCGUGAUACCUCUCGUGAAGGACCAUCCUCUCAUGGAAGGAGUCCCCCACACAGUGCUAUUGCUCGUUUUAGUAAUCCAAAUAUUAAACGCGAUAAUGUAAGUACAGAUGGAAAUGUAAGUGGUGAUGAAAAAAGUCCCAGCAGUCGUACAGUAAUUCAUAAUCCAUUAAAACGCUUACAAACCAAAGAAAUUGGUGAUACUAAUAUUUUAGAAGAAAAUACAAUGUCUCCAAUUGACUUAAAUAAUAUUAAUAACGAAGAUGAUUCAUUUAUAUUUCCCUAA